GUAGGCUACGAAUUUGCAGUUGUAUGCUAGUUUUCAUUACUCUAUCCUAACCUUUACGGUGUUUUACAAACUGGUCGAGUUUUAAGGCAGUCGUAAAUAUGGAUGAUUCCCCGGAGGACAGAAGAUCUGAAGUAGAUGUUCUUCAGGACAUUUCACAUAACUUCUCGAAGUCUAUGUCCAUUGCCCCAGCGGAUCUUGACACAUACACAAGGAAAGCAAAAGAGGCUUUUAAGCAGGGAAACCCUGCAACAUCCCUCGAGAUUCUGAAAGAGGCCUACAAACACUACCCAGAUGAGAAAAUUAAGGGCCGAAUAAAGAAGCUGCAAGAGUUCAUCAAUCAGAUGGAUGUGCAGUCCUCAGAUGAUGAGGAUGAGUUCAUCGAUGUCAACAACAGUGGCUUGAUGCUCAACAAAAGGAUUUAUGAUAAUCUGUAUGAUCACCAGAAACAAGGUGUGGCCUUCUUGUAUGGUCUCCAUAGGGAUGGAAGGACGGGUGGAGUUCUGGCGGACGAUAUGGGUUUGGGAAAAACUAUUCAGGUGAUCUCCUUCCUGUGUGGCAUGUACGACUCUGAGCUGCUGCAGAACUGCCUGCUGGUGAUGCCUACCACCCUCAUCACCAACUGGGUGCGGGAGUUCCAGAAAUGGGUGCCAGGGAUGAGGGUGAGAGAGUUCCAUGGAACAAGCAAAGCUGUCCGCAGCAAGAAUCUGAGAAAGGUCCAAGUCAAAGGUGGCGUUCUCAUCACCUCCUAUCAAAUGGUGAUGAACAACUGGGAGCUCUUGAGCUCCAUUGACGGGAGGGAGUUUUACUGGGACUAUGUCAUCCUAGAUGAGGCGCACAAGAUCAAAACCUCAUCAACCAAAACGGCCAAAAGUAUGCAUGCCGUCCUAGCCAAGCAUCGCGUGCUGCUAACUGGAACGCCUGUGCAGAACAAUCUGCGAGAGAUGUGGUCGCUGUUUGACUUUGCCUGCCAGGGGUCACUCCUUGGAACGUACAAAACCUUCAAGACGCAAUAUGAAAAUCCCAUUACUCGGGCACGUGAGAAAGAUGCCACCCCUGGCGAAAAGGUGCUCGGUUUCAAGAUGUCUGAGAACCUCAUGGAGAUCAUAAGCCCUUACUUCCUGCGGAGAACCAAAACAGAGGUAUUGAAGAAUGACAACGAUGAUCAAAGAUCUUCAGAGGUAGACGACCAGCCGACACCUACUGGCGACGGAGGCUUAGAGGUGCCUUCGCUCCCCGAGAAAAAUGACCUGAUCGUGUGGACGUACCUGAGUCCAGUUCAAGAGCAAAUCUACAGGAUGUUUAUCUCUCUGGAUCACAUUAAGGAGGUGCUGAUGACCACACGUAGCCCACUGGCUGAGCUGACCAUUAUCAAGAAGCUUUGUGAUCAUCCAAGGCUUCUCUCAGACAAAGCUGCAAGCGAACUCGGUCUGCUGGGCGGACAAGACCAUGCUUUGCCUGACAUCGAGAACAGCAGCGGAGCCAACAGUAUCGAUCACGUCUCAGAUGAGACCCUGAUCUCGGAGUCAGGCAAGCUGGGAUUCCUCAUUGAGUUACUAGAGCGCCUCAGAGAAGAAGGGAACCGCACACUAGUGUUCUCCCGGUCCGUUAAGAUGCUGAACAUCAUACAGCGCAUUUUGAAAAACAAAGGGUUCAAGAUAGUGAGAAUAGAUGGCACAGUGACCGAUCUCUCUGAGAGAGAGAAACGGAUUGGACGCUUUCAGAAUGACCCGAGCAUCUCAGUCUUCCUCUUGACUACACAGGUGGGUGGCGUUGGACUCACUCUAACAAGCGCCAACCGCGUGGUGAUCUUUGACCCCAGUUGGAACCCUGCCACUGAUUCCCAGGCUGUGGACCGUGCCUACCGGAUUGGACAAACACGUAAUGUCAUUGUGUACAGACUCAUCACCUGUGGCACUGUGGAAGAGAAGAUCUACCGCCGACAGGUCUUCAAAGACUCCUUGAUCCGACAGACUACAGGAGACAACAAGAACCCCUUCCGUUACUUCAGCAAGCAAGACCUGAAGGAGCUCUUUAAACUUGAGGACACCCACUCGUCCACCACCCAGCUGCAGCUGGAGCAGCUUCACUCCAAACAGCAGAGUGGAGACCCCGACCUGAUGGAGCACAUCGCCUACCUGUACACCAAAAAGAUGUUUGGCGUCUCCCACCACGACCUCCUGUUCUGUGUACAGCCAACCGAGGAUGAUGUAGAGGACCACGAGGAGCACGAGUACAUUGAGAAGAGAGUGCUGACUGCUGAGAACCUGAUGAAGGUCGAGUCGCAGAUCCAAAAGGACCUGAAGGACUUUGAGCUGCAGCACACAGAGCCAAGGUCACUGCAGCAGCCCGUCAGGAGAGGACGUCAGGAGUCUGACAAACAAAGACAUGAGGAUCUGGAUCAGUCUGUUCAGGAGUUCACAGCGGAAGAACCAGUCGUUGUUUUGGAUGAAUCCCCUGAAUCCCCUGAAUCCCCUAACCUCUCUGUUGCAAACGAAGUUGUGCUUGAACUGGAUUCCUCACGAACAGAGGAGAUGGAGUCACUCCAGAGAAACUCCACAAUGGGUGAUGCCAAUGACAUCAUAUGUUUGGAUGAUGACGAGACUAAUGUGGUUGUUAAGCAGGAACAGAAAUCUUUUACUGUUGGCGAUGACGAAGACUACAUGGCUGGUGGGAGAAACUCCACAAUGGGUGAUGCCAAUGACAUCAUAUGUUUGGAUGAUGACGAGACUAAUGUGGUUGUUAAGCAGGAACGGAAGUCUUUUACUGUUGGCGAUGACGAGGACUAUAAGGCUGGUGGAAGAAAGUCCUUAGUAAUAAAUAAGUCCUUUGAAGGAAAUUCCAGCUUGGCUAAAGGUGAUACCACCACGCCUGUGAAUGAUGAAGUGAAUAUGUCCACCGAUUUCACAGAAAACCACCUGAUUGUUGAGGAUGAGGAUGUCAGCUUUGUAGAAAGCAAAAGAGUCUCUCUUGCAUACUGUGAGCAGGAAAGAGACAUCACCACAGUUGAUGAUGAGGCGGACAUGUCUACUGAGUACCUGGAGGAGGACCAGGUGAUGAGCGAGGAGGAGGACCAUGUUGCUACAAGGAAGAAAAAAGCCUUUGUUAUCAAUUCCAGUGAUGAUGAGGGAGAUGAUGAUGAUGAUGAUGAGGGUUCAGUCAGAGCAGACGGAACAGGAAAUCUCUCAUCGCUGGGAAAAUCUGACAUGAGUCACAAGCCUGAUAGUUCAGGUGGCGUGGAAUACCAGCUGUUGAGUGAUGAGGAAGAUGACGUUGUUAAAAAGAAGAAAAGUUGUUUUCUCAUCCUCAGCAGCGACGAGGAGGGAGAUGACGAGGAAGAAGGAGAGAGGUCAAAAGCAGACUGUGUCUCCUCACCAGGAAAUUCCCGCUUGGAUGAGACGAAUAACGGACCAGACACGUCCGAACAUGCCAAAGACAAGCUGGAAAUCCAGAAGGAAGCUGACAUCAGCUCGGGUGAGAACAAAAGUGCCUUUCUGACGUACAGCAGUGAGGAGGAGGAGGAGGAGGAAGAAGACGGGAAAAGUAUGGACAGGCAAUCUUCAAAAACAGCCAGUUACACAUCCUCCACCCCGGGAAAUUCCAGGCUGACUGACUCUAAUGGGAUCACCUCUGGGGAUGACAACGCCAACAUGUCCGCCUUCAUGGAGGACCAGCUGAUAAGUGACAAGGAAGACAGUGUCAUUAUUACUAAGAAGAAGAGAGCCUUCGUCACCUACAGCAGUGAGGAAGAGGAGGGGGAAGAGGGAGAUGGUAGCGAUGUCUGUGAUGGCUCGAGAGAGAACUUUCAGUUCACCAGCAGCCUCAUGUCUGUGUCAGGGGUUGGAGAUCGCUCCUACUCAUCAGUUGCAUCAAGGCGGUCCCUUGUAGAUAAUCUGAUGGAGAAGUUUGAGGACAUUCUCAUGGACGAGGAUGAGACGAGUGAAGAGAUGACUGACAGUGAUAAAGAGAAUGACAUGUUCUGCACCCUAGAUCAGUCAGGGUGAUUGGGUGAUCAUUAGAGUAGGUGUAAAAUACUACUACCAUCCUAAAUGUCUACUUUUCAUGUGUACUGUUCGAUCAUGUUCUGUUUGAGCGUUUGUUCAGUAUUGAUCAUUAGUUCGUAAUAAAUAACUUUGGCAUUGAUAGCAUGGGUUUAUUUAAGGUUAUAUGCAGUUCAAAUGGGUCCACAUAGCU